UGUUCGUGUAUUUAUUUAUUUUUAUUAACGCAAUUUACAACAACAACAAAAAUAAAUAAAUAAAGGACCAUUGGCAAGCAAACUAUGGACGAGGAAAACAUGACAAAAAGCGAAGAGCAGCAUUUGAGUUUGCAAAAAGCCCUGCAGCAGUGCGAACUCGUUCAAAAUAUGAUAGACAUUAGCAUCUCCAGUUUGGAGGGGUUAAGGACCAAAUGUGCCACAACCAACGACUUGACACAAAAAGAGAUGCGAACACUAGAGGGCAAGCUGGUGAAGUAUUUCAGCAGGCAGCUCUCCUGCAAGCGGAAGGUCUCCCUACAGGAGCGCAAUGCAGAGCUGGAGGGCUUCCCACACCUCACACACUGGUUCCGCAUUGUCAACAUGCGCAAGGAGGUCACGGAGGAGAUUGGUCCAGACGAGCUGACCCUGGAAGCCCUGCUGGAGAUGAGUGAUGAGCAGGUGUGUGAGACCGUGCAGAAGUACGGAGCCAGCAGUGAGGAGUGCGCUCGCCUCAACGCCUCCCUGUCCUGCCUGAGAAACGUCCAUAAAGCAGGAAGCAGCCAUUCCAAGCAGGACUGGGCCAUCCAGUGGCCAACAUCCGAAACUGGGAAGGAGAACAACCCCAUCAGCCAGCCUGAGCCCAGCCAGUGGAUCCGCUUCCACCUGUCCCAGAGCCCCAAGGUCCAGUCCAAGUACAAUCAGCACUACUGCCAGAGCCCGCAGAGCCUGGGCCCAAACUACAUGCACGUGGACCGGCUCACGGUGGAGAGCUACCCUGGACUCUUCCCCCCCUUGGAAGGGCACCGCUCCUUACCUCCGUCCCCUCGGCAGCGGCACUUCGCCCACACCCCUCCCCGGACCCCCCCCGUGCUGGCCACCAUGACGCCCCCGGGCACCCCGCCGGUGAGGAGGAGGAACAAGUCGAAAGCGCCGGGAACGCCCCCUCCCGCCUCCCGCAAGCUGAUCCACCUCCUGCCCGGCUUCACCGCGCUGCACCGGAGCAAAUCCCACGAGUUCCAGCUGGGGAACAGAGUGGACGAGGCGCAGACACCCAAAACUAAGAAGAAGACCAAACCCCUGAAUCUCAAGAUCCACAACAGUGUGGGGAGCUGUGAGAACAUCCCCUCUCAGCGCUCCCCUCUCCUCUCCCAGCGCUCCCCUCUCCUCUCCGAGCGCUCCCUGCGAUCCUUCUUCGUUGGGUAUCCCUCUUUCCUGCCCUCGACUCCGCCUGUUCACAGCGAUGCCACUUUCUCUGCAAACACACUGUCAGUGCCUCGAUGGUCUCCUCAGAUUCCCCGUAGAGAUCUGGGGAAUUCAAUAAAACACAGGUUUUCCACCAAGUACUGGAUGUCACAGACGUGCAUAGUAUGUGGGAAAGGAAUGCUGUUUGGACUGAAAUGUAAAAACUGCAAGUUGAAGUGCCACAACAAAUGCACCAAAGAAGCCCCACCAUGUCAUUUACUUCUUAUUCAGCGUGGAGGAAUCCAGCAGGAGGGCAGCCACUUAUACACAGCACGUCUCGUUCGAACUGAAUCUGUCCCCUGCGACAUAAACAACCCCCUCAGGAGACCCCCCAGGUAUUCAGACCUGCACGUCAGCCAAACGCUCCCCAAAACCAAUAAAAUUAACAAGGAUCACAUUCCUGUUCCCUAUCAGCCCGACUCCAGCAGCAACCCCUCGUCAACCACCUCCUCCACGCCGUCAUCACCAGCACCCCCCCUGACGGGGAGUGAGGUCGGUGCGCCCCCCUCCCCCCUCCACCCCUCCCCACAAUGCACCAGGCAGCAGAAGCAGUUCAACCUCACAGCUUCUCAUUAUUACAGGUACAAGCAGCAGUUCAUUUUUCCAGAUGUUACACCAGAGGAGCCAAGUCGGGCUCCACAAGUCAUUCUUCAUCCUGUCAAUUCUGACUCAGCCAAUGAAGGGAAUCCCCUGCUUCAAAUUGAAGUUGAACCUACAUCAGAUAAUGAAGAUGGUAACGAUGAGGCCGAGGACUCCGAAGAUGAGUUUGAGGAGAUGAACCUCUCUCUCCUGUCUGCCCGGAAUUUCCCCCGGAAAGCCAGUCAAACCAGCAUCUUCCUGCAGGAGUGGGACAUUCCCUUCGAGCAGCUGGAGAUCGGGGAGCUCAUCGGGAAGGGCCGCUUCGGCCAGGUUUUCCACGGCCGCUGGCACGGCGAGAUAGCCAUCCGGCUAAUAGACAUUGAGCGGGACAACGAGGACCAGCUCAAAGCCUUCAAGAGGGAAGUCAUGGCUUACCGAAACACCAGACACGAGAAUGUUGUGCUUUUCAUGGGCGCCUGCAUGAGCCCGCCGCACUUAGCCAUUAUUACAAGUUUGUGUAAAGGAAGGACCCUGUACUCUGUCGUGAGAGAUGCCAAAAUCGUCCUGGACGUCAACAAAACCAGACAGAUCGCGCAAGAGAUUGUCAAGGGGAUGGGCUAUCUCCAUGCCAAAGGAAUUCUUCACAAAGAUAUGAAGUCUAAGAAUGUAUUCUACGACAACGGCAAAGUGGUCAUAACCGAUUUCGGUCUCUUCACCAUAUCCGGCGUCUUACAGGCGGGCAGCAGGCGAGAGGACAAGCUGAGGAUCCCCAGCGGCUGGCUGUGUCACCUGGCUCCUGAGGUCAUCCGACAGCUUUCACCCGACACAGAGGAGGACAAGCUCCCUUUCUCAAAGCAGUCCGAUGUGUUUGCAUUUGGAACUAUUUGGUAUGAGUUACAUGCACGCGAGUGGCCUUUCAAGAAUCAACCAGCAGAGGCGAUCAUAUGGCAAGUGGGAAGCGGAAUGAAACCUAACCUCAGCCAGAUCGGCAUGGGGAAAGAGAUAUCUGACAUCCUGAUUUUCUGCUGGGCAUUUGAGCAGGAGGAGAGACUGAGCUUCUCCAAACUAAUGGAGAUGCUUGAAAAAUUGCCAAAGCGCAAUCGCCGCCUAUCCCACCCUGGACACUUCUGGAAGUCAGCUGAGCUGUGACAGAUUGAGUGAUGGGACUGUGCCUUUCUUGCGUGAUGCACCUCCCCCUGUGCUUUACUCCCUCCCCAUCGGCCGUGGAACUCCGGAGGCCAAGAACCAGAGGGGGCCGCGGACUGAAUCCAAAACAGGGAAGCCUCACCACUCCCCACCCCCAAACCUUCCCAAAAAAUUACCUGGUUUUCCGACGCUGUAUUUCACUUCUUUUGACUUCUCGUCUCGUGCCAGUUGUGUUAGUUUGUAUUUCAUUUCACGUGUGUGUUUUUUUUAUACAUAUCAUGUUUCAAAUAUAAAACAUGUAUUUAUUGAUGUAUUUUAUUUGAUCCUCCCAUAUCCUUGUUUGCUCUGCAUGCCUGUGUGCCUCAAUAGGCAUGAACAUUGCACUACUAUUCAGAACUCUGUGGAUAUCAUGAAUGCCUUCACUGUGAAAUCCAUGGAUAUUACUGUUUCGGAAUGACAUUACCACACAGUAAUAUGUGAAAGAAAUGUUUUCUCCCAUUUCAGGGACUCGUUUUUAAUUUCUUUCUUUCCUUUUUCCUCAUGUUCUGUGGUAUUCACACGUGUGUGACUGCUGGAGUUUAGUUAUUUGUUGGUUUGUUCUGUAUAAAAGGUGUCUUUAUACUCGUACGAUUUGAUUUGCAAAUCAGGUUAGUGAUGUGGUCAAAUUUUAUACUUGUAUGGUUCUUGUAGAUUUUACACAGAUUUUACAGUAACUAAUUGGCAAGUUUGAUUUUCUUUGCCUUCAUAUUUCUGCAUGAUAACAAACACAGAGUGUGCUUUAUCAUAUGCUGGCUAACAUUGUGGUAAAACAGUAAAGUUAAAAAUAAUAAUACUAAUAAAAUCCUCACACUGGUCUUUUUGAAGCUAAUGCUCCUAGAUCAUGAACUCCAUUUCCACUGUGAUGUCAAAUAAUGUAACACUCUAAUCUGAUUUUAAUCUAAGUGUAUGGUUCUGCAUAGCUAUGUCUUACAAUGGAGAUGAUGGCACCAUCAUGUUGGUUUAAUCUAGACCCCCCCCCCCCCCCCCCCCCACUCCUCACUAAAUACGAAUGCCUACAGUUAACAUUCAGUGUCAACUGCCUGUUUUAAAUCAUUUUUUCACCUGUGUCACUUCUUUCUGAUUGAUUGGUUCGUUAGUAAUCAGUUCCCCAUUCCAAUUUUAAUUCCCUCGCAGGAAUUGGAAUUGAUGUUUUAGAGAUUUCGUCAUUGUCAGCCUCUUUCAUAUGAUACCCAUUUAAUGGCAUUAACAUUGACUUCAGUGUAAAGUGAUGUGCUGCCACUGUGAGAAGCUCAUUUUGACGGAAUGCUGCCAGUUGCAAUUGUGAUCAAUGUGUUGGAAUCGAUUGAAAGGGGGUGGCAAUGGGAGCCGGGAAUUGAAAGACAGGAUUGGACCCCCAGCUCUGGUUGGGAUGCCCAGGUGAAUGCUCUUCCCCUCCGCUAGUCCGUACGGGUAGUGCCAGUAUUGCCACCUCAUGUUCAUUGGGAUUGCACUGCAGGGCAUCACACGAGUCAAAGAGUUUGUAUUGCUUGCUAGGUGUCUUCUUUACCUGCAGAUCAUUCUGAUGGUUAUCUUUUAAACUGCAGUUUUAAGUGGGGAUACCUCUGUGAGGUUAUGAGUGAAGCUACAUGGUUUUUGUAACGCUUCAGCUGCAGUGCCCUCACUAGCAUCUGACUGCAAACAGUGGUUGCCGACUUACUUAAGUGAGAUUGUCUCCUAUGCUAAAAUAACAUUGUACAAAAGACAAGCUUACCACGUGCAGAAAAGGUGUGCGCUUCACACUGGCUUGCAAUGCAGACAUUAGGAAAAGACUCUUGAAAAAUUAAACAGCCAAUUAAAAAAGAGGCACACAAAUGAAGGUUUAAAAGAGUUUACUAGCUUUUUUUUUUGCACUUUGGGAAAUGUUGGAAUGUUUUACUAGAGAACAAGGACAGGCUGGAGAAAACAAGGCUAUGAAUACAAUUGUUUUGCACAUUUACUGUGUUUCUGCUAAACUAAUUUCACCGCAUUAGAACUCAGAUACUAUAUUAACAACAUGUCAUGUUCAUCAUGCUGUGUUUCACUCAGCGUUCCCAUGACAACCUAUGAAGCCCUAGAGAUAAAAAAAAAAGAGAAAGUGAUAGAAAAGGGCAUUUGUUUUUCUUCUUUAUGACAGAUUAUUAAGACUGAGAGUCUUCUCACAGUUGGAAUGGUCUUUAAACCCAAUUAAAAAAGGGCACAUUUGAAUUUGAUCAGACUGUAGCAUAAACCUUACCCAGCACAUCUGUUAUAAUCGACACAGCUUUUCAAAAAAUAUGUAUUUAUUAAGAAGGAAAACAUAAGAUAUUUAUAAUUAUAGGCACAUAGUUUGAAGUCUAAGGCAUUGUCUAAAAGAGGAUUGGAACAGUAUAGAAAUAGCAAGAAACUCCUUCAGAAAAACAGAUUGCUGCUCUGUCCUGCAACGCCGUUUUUUCUUGAUGCUUAUUGAAUCCAUCUUAUAAUAUGAAUCCUUCCAUAGUGUUCCAGCGGACUGUAUGGGGCAGGGGGAUUACUAUUCACGAGGUUGUAACAUGUGUAAACACUAGCUUGUGAUACUGUGAUACUCAUUGUUAAACAAUGUCAGUCAAACCUUGGCUUUUACCAGCCAAGUCUGUAAUUAUAUCAUAUAAAACAAUUGCAACAACAUUGUAAUUACAGCGUAGUUUUAUUAUUUCUACCGACACUACAUAGACACUGGAUGUGGGUCAGUGUUGCUAAGAACUGUAAUAACAUUUAAGUAGCACUUGAAUGCAAGUCUCUUGGUCAUUUUUUCCGAGCAUGGUGAUGGUGAGAUGGCUGCAUCAUGCAGAGCGUGGCUUCAUUAUGGGGGGUGGAAACUGCAGCUGGUGCAUAGAAGGGUUCAGUGGAACAUCAGGGUUCUGUUUUAGCAAGGCAGAGAUUCACUGCAAAACAUCAUGACUAUUCAUUCUUAUCAUAAGAACACUACUCAUCCACUCAGCGUGCACUAGAGAUAGAAACACUCAUUUCAUAUUCACAAGCAUAAGCACUGAAGACAUUGGAAACAAGGGUAGCACACAAAAAGGCAACUGUUUACACAGAGAGAGAGAGAGAGACAGAGAGAGAUAGAGAGCGAGAUGCACACACAUAUACUCAUUCACGUGUACAUAAACACAUACACACACUGUAUAUACAAGUCUUAAAUAAUAUUCCUUUGAAGUGGGGAUUCAGACCAGACUUCAUUGCCCUGUCAUCAUAAACCUGUCAUUUUGUUCUUGCAUGUGCAAUAGCUGUACCGUUGACGCUACAGGAAGACAAACAAACAGAAGUUAUUAGGUAUUAGGUAUUAGGACACCUUUUUCUUGAUCCCCUUGCUGUACUGUAUAAGAGAGAGUGGAGGAUAGUUUAGAUUUGGGAAACUCAGCUCUCUUCUAGUCUUAAUAUAGGGACAAGUGGAAGACACAAAUGCAUGAUUGCCUCGUAUGAGGGUGCAGUUUUUUGCCCCCAUAUAAAACAAUGGAAAAAAAAGCAAUAUGUGCCCCAAACCACUUUUUCAUCUAUUUUCAAUAUUUCUUGCAUAAAAGGAUUCAUUUGAAAUUUGAAACCUUUGUGCUUGAGAAGGUUUUUUUUUUUUUUUUUUUUUUUUUUUUUUUUUUGUAGCUAUACCUCAAUAUUUUAUUUUUUAUUCCACAUAAAAAAGUACUGUUGUACCUGUAAAGUGAAAUCUGGGAGCAUGUUCAUGUUUUAGUUACAUAUUCAUAAUGAAUAUAGAGAUUAAAGGCAUGCUGCCUUCUGAAUAUUUUUCUAAAUAGGGGUGGUUGCAUCAUAUUCAUGCACACAUAUCUUCAACUGGACUUACUUUAUUAAUUGACUUCAGAAAUCACAUUAGACCGAUUUGUUACAAAUGUAUAAUUAUGGGCUUCAUUAAUUUAAUAUGUUAACUGAAAAGCAUAUUUUUUAUACAUAAAAUAUUUGAAACUGGAGACGGUGAGCUGUUCAGCUGAUGUGUGUGGGUUUUAUUUUGAACUUUACUGAAGGUUAUCGUGUAACUUUACAUUCGUUUCUGCAGCAUGAUUGUAAUUACAGCACUCUGUGUCUGGACCCCUGCUGAAAUGCUCUGUUGGCUUCAAUUCGCUUGCAAGUCACUGUUUGAGGUCACAAGUGUCAGUAACUAGCAUGUUUUUUGUGAAUAGUGACUUUGAAAGCUUUGUCAAAUGCAAAAGCCUACUUCUGUAAACUAAGAAAAAGUAUGUUUUAUAGUCUUAGCCUGUAUAGUGCAACCAGCUUGAUGUGAAUUUUCAGUGUUACUUUUGAUGACUGUUGCAGAAUGAGCUGGGAUGAUUAUCAUCUUCAACAACUUAGCAUCCUCCUCCUCCUCAUUAUCUAUAGGGUUACAAUUGUUAUUAUUAUUAUUAUUAUUAUUAUUUAUUAUUAUUAUUAUUAUUAUUAUUAUUAUUAUUAUUUGCUGUAAAUGUGUUUGAAAGAACAAUUGUCUCUGGUGCAAAGAUGUGAUGGGUCUCCUCUGUAAAUUUGUACAGUAAUGUUUAUAAAGUUUUCUACACUUUACGAAAGUAUUUAUAAUUUCAGCUGUUCUACUGAAUGUCAGCUCUUUAAAACUGCAGAUACUGUUUGUUACCAUUGUGUGUUUUUGUGCCGCGUUUGGUGGGGUAAUGAUGUCUAAAUUAUUUAUGCCAAUAAAGGAUUU